AUGGAGAAUGGAGAACUAAAAACGACCUUACUGACUUACACUGACUUAGGGCAGUUCGUCAAGCUGGCGGCCUUCCAGGAUGCGGCUCGCGCGCCUCCGCUAGUCCCGCGCGCUGUACGCCACGUCGCCACGAUCACAGAGGUGUGCAACAGCGAGGAGGUGCCCGAAGUAGAAAUCGUCAGCUUGUUGCAAGAACACAUACCAAAAUACCGCCUGCGAGCAGACAGCCUCACACAAUUCGGAGGGUACGAGAAUCAGGACUGGUUCAUACCUUCGCCGGCGCUGCCGCUCAGCUCCGAAGAUCUAGCUCUCACGCCUGAUCAGAUCAGGGAAACACUCAAUUAUUUCCUUCUAUGCAGCAACAGGGUGAGCCAAAUGACAAAGACCUACAAUGACAUCGAAGCGGUAACACGGCUCUUAGAAGAAAAAGAGAAGGAUUUGGAGCUGACAGCUCGCAUCGGCAAGGAGCUGCUGGCGGCGAACGGGCGGCUGGAGUCGCGAGUGACCGCACUCGAGGGCGAGCUGCGAGGUGCGCGGGACCUCGUCACACAGCUCCGCCACGAUCUCAACGCCAAGACUGAACUGCUGCAGGUUCUAACAAAUGACACAGAGGACAGCACUCCGACAGAGGAGCAGGAGCCGCCCACGGCGGUGGCGCUGCGCAAGCGCACGAGCGCGCUGGAGCGGGAGAAUCGAGCGCUGCGCGACGAGGCGGCCCGGCUCGCCGCCGGCGCUGACUCCGCCGAGCUGGCCGAGCGACAGCUGCUCAGGGACAUCGCCAACCAACUCUCGAGUGCAAACAGCGAGGCGAAUGUGCUGAGCUCGGAGUUGUCGGAGGAGAGGCAGCGCUCUGCAGAGCUGCAGCAGCAGCUCGACAGCGCCAACUCCAGGCUUCUUCUCACUGAACGCAAUUUGCAACAGCUGUCAGCCGAACACGAGCACACGUUACGAAUUCUAGAAAUAACUAGGGAAAAUCAAAAUGCACUCGCAGCAGAAUUGGCUGAUGCCAAGGAGCGGUACCUGGAGGUGGCGGCGCACCUGGCGGAGGCGCAGGAGCAGCUUUAA